AUGGGUGAUAGCGUCUUUGUUCAUGAAGGUUACAAUUUCGAGAUGAGGAGAAAGGCCUCAUUCUCAAAGCUAACUGGUGCUGUUCCUAGAGGAAUGGUUGGUAUGUAUCAAGAUGAUUUUGAUCCCACUGCUGAUUCAAGGAGAGAAAAAUUGUGGCGUUUAAUGCAGAUCUAUUUACCAACUGAUAGUGAGUCUAUCCAAAAAUCAAUUGUUAAUCAUGUUGAGUAUACAUUAGCAUGUACAAGAUUUAAUUUUGAUGAUAAUGCUGCCUAUAGAGCGACAGCAUUCAGCAUUAGAGAUAGGCUCAUUGAAAAUUUAAAUGAUACUAAUGAAUAUUUUACUGAAACAGACUGCAAACGAUGUUAUUACCUCAGCUUAGAAUUUUUGCUGGGACGAGCGAUGCAGAAUGCAUUAGUAAACUUAGAUAUUGAGGAUAACUAUAAAAAGUCAUUAUUUGGUUUAGGGUAUAGUUUGGAGAAUUUAUAUGAAAACGAACAUGAUGCUGCAUUGGGAAAUGGUGGAUUAGGUCGCUUAGCAGCCUGUUUUCUUGAUUCUCUUGCAACAAAGAAUUUUCCUGGGUGGGGUUAUGGAAUCCGUUAUACAUAUGGAAUAUUUGAACAAAAAAUUGUACAAGGUCGCCAAUUUGAAUAUCCUGAUUAUUGGUUAGUACAAUCAAAUCCAUGGGAGAUAGAGAGACAAGAUGUGACAUAUGGGGUGAGAUUUUAUGGAAAAGUUCGUGAAUUUGAAGAGUAUGGAAAGAAGAAGUAUCGAUGGGUAGAUGGUGAAGUGAUUCAAGCAGUCGCAUAUGAUAAUCCAAUACCAGGGUUCGAUACAUAUAAUUGCAUAAAUCUGCGUCUUUGGAAAGCAACACCUUCAAAAGAGUUUGAUUUUUCAGCUUUUAAUGAAGGUAAAUAUGUCGAUGCAGUAUGUGGACGUCAAAGAGCAGAUUAUAUUACAGCUGUGUUAUACCCAAAUGACAAUACAGACCAGGGUAAAGAACUACGACUAAAGCAACAAUACUUUUUUGUAUGUGCGACUAUGCAAGAUAUAUUACGCAGAUUUAAGAAGACUGGAUCGGUUAACUGGAAAGACCUACCAAAAAAGGUAUCUUGUCAAUUAAAUGAUACUCAUCCAACAAUAGCAAUUGCAGAGAUGAUGCGCAUACUGAUAGAUGUUGAGGAUUUAGAAUGGGAUUUUGCAUGGGAUAUUACAUGUCAAUGCUUUAAUUAUACAAAUCAUACAGUUUUACCUGAAGCUCUAGAAAAGUGGAGUGCUGCGUUAAUAAAUCGUCUAUUACCUAGACAUUUGAUGAUUAUUAAUGAAAUAAAUCAUAGAUUUUUGAAUGACGUACGUAAUGUUAUGGGUGAUGGUCCAUGGAUAUCAAAGAUGUCCAUCUAUGAGGAAGGUUGGGAUAAGAAAAUCCGUAUGGCAAAUUUAGCUGUAAUAGGAAGCGCUAAAGUUAAUGGAGUUGCCGUUCUGCAUACUGAGAUUGUUAAAAAAGACCUUUUUUCUGAUUUCGUAGAAUAUUAUUCUAGGAAAGGUAUUUCAGACAAAUUUGUCAAUAUUACUAAUGGAGUAACACCUAGAAGAUGGAUUAAUUGUUCAAAUCCUGAAUUAUCGCACUUAAUAUCAAGUUGGCUUGGAUCUGAUAGCUGGUUAACAAAUUUCGAUAUGAUACAGAGUUUACAAAACAAUAUUGAUGAUGAAGGGUUACAGAAAGAGUGGGCUGAAGUAAAGUUACAUAACAAACAGAGACUUGCAAGAUGGGUUGAGGUUAAUACUGGAUAUAAAGUAGAUACGAAUAUGCUAUUUGAUAUACAAGUUAAAAGGAUUCAUGAAUACAAACGGCAAUUACUUAAUGUAUUUUAUAUUAUUCAUAGAUACUUAAUGCUAAAGAAACUUUCUACUAAUGAAAGGAAAAAAGUAGUUCCUAGGUGCUGCUUUUUUGGUGGAAAAGCUGCACCUGGAUAUGCAGUCGCAAAAUCAGCAAUUAAAAUGAUAAAUAACCUUUCAGUUGUGAUCAACAAUGAUCCUGACACCAAGGAAUACCUAAUGUGCAUAUUUCUACCGAAUUAUAAUGUGAGUAAUGCUCAAGUUAUUAUUCCAGCCUCUGAUAUUUCUCAACACAUAUCAACUGCCGGAACAGAAGCCUCUGGUACAAGUAAUAUGAAGUUUGUCAUGAAUGGAGGUUUAAUACUAGGGACUUUGGAUGGUGCAAAUGUGGAAAUUAAAGAGGAAUGUGGAGAUGAUACUAUAUUUAUAUUUGGUGCACUAGAGCAUCAAGUAUCUGAAAUCAGAGCACAGGCAGCAAAUGGUAACUACCACAUUGAUGAGAGAUUGCAAGAAGUUUUUAACUUCAUACGAACUGGGGGGAUAAUGCUUGGAGAUGGGAAAGCUCAAGGUGAAUUUUGCGAUAUAAUUGAUAGAAUAUCCUCUAAUGGCAAUGGAUAUGUUGGAGAUCACUAUUUAUUGUGCUAUGAUUUCCCGUUAUAUUGUAAAGCACAAGAGAAAGUUGAUGAAGCCUACAAGAACAAAAAGGAAUGGGUAAAGACCUGUAUAAAAGCUACAUCAUCUAUGGGAAAGUUCUCUACUGACAGAACAAUUGAGGAAUAUGCAACUUUAAUAUGGGGGCUAGAGCCAUGUGAAAGGCCAGCUCCAGAAUCAUGUCAUAGGUUAUCUAUCUGUUCUCAGUCAUCAGAUCGAACUGCGACUAAAAAAUAA